AUGGAUAACAAACUCCAAGUGGAAAAGGUAAAUAACAAAUUAUUUUCUUUGGGAGCCAAAAUAUAUGAAAAUAGCAAAGAGGAUUUACUCCACGCUUCCGGACAUGCUUGUCAAGAGGAUUUAAAACUAAUGCUUACCUUGGUUAAGCCCCGUUAUUUCAUGCCUUUUCAUGGCGAUUUUCGAAUGCUUAAAAGGCAUGGAUUUUUGGCCCAAGAAUUAGGUUUAUCCGCCAAAAAUGUUUUUGUAUGCGAAAAUGGCGAGAUAGUGGAGGCAAAAGGGAAAGAAUUUUUUUUAAGUUCGGCCAAAGUUCCAUCCCAACCUAAUUAUGUUUUAAACGGCAAAUUGCUUCCAAAUGAAGAGUUAAAUAAUUGUUUAUCAUUGAGGGAGAAAAUGUCCCAAGGAGGAGUAGUCUUAAUAGUGCUUUUUUACGACCAGGUCAAAAUCCAUGAGUAUGUAAAGAAAAAUGAGUGA